GAGGCAAUGGAGGGUAAUUCUAAUGGCACUUCAAGUGUGAUGGCUUUUGGAGAGAACAGUAAUGGGAUUUGUCCAAUGAUGAUGAUGAUGCCUUUAAUGACUUCUCAUCAUCCAAUAAAUCCUAAUCACAAUAAUCCUAAUGUAGAUACGAACGGUCUUUUUCUUCCCAUGCCUUGCACUACUAAUAAUCACCACCCUAACCGCGAUAGUAGUGGCAGCUCCUCAAUCAUGCUCCACAAUAACCACAACACCAACAACACUGAGUUAGGGUAUUUCAUGCAGAUCGACCCCAACAACAACAACAACAACAACACCAACGGUGGAAGCUCAUCUUCUUCUUCCACUGUCAAGACCAAGAUCAUGGCCCAUCCUCACUAUCACCGUCUCUUGACUGCUUACGUCAAUUGUCAAAAGGUUGGAGCUCCGCCUGAAGUGGUGGCAAGGUUAGAAGAAGCAUGUGCAUCUGCAGGGACAAUGGCGGGUGAACCAGCUGGGAAAGCCUUCAUCGGUGAGGAUCCUGCGCUGGAUCAGUUCAUGGAGGCUUACUGUGAGAUGCUGAUCAAGUACGAGCAAGAGCUCUCGAAACCUUUCAAGGAAGCCAUGCUCUUCCUUCAAAGGAUCGAGUGCCAGUUCAAAUCUCUUGCAAUUUCUUCUUCGGACUUUGCUGGUAAUGAAGAUACUGAUAGGAAUGGAUCAUAUGAAGAAGGUGUUGAUCUUCAGAAAAACAUAAUAGAUCCUCAGGCAGAGGACCAGGAAUUGAAGGGUCAACUUUUACGCAAGUACAGUGGAUACCUAGGCAGUUUGAAGCAGGAAUUCAUGAAGAAGAGAAAAAAAGGAAAGCUGCCUAAAGAAGCAAGGCAACAAUUACUUGAAUGGUGGAGCAGACAUUACAAAUGGCCUUACCCAUCUGAAUCACAGAAGCUGGCUCUUGCAGAGUCAACAGGUCUGGAUCAGAAGCAAAUUAACAACUGGUUUAUUAAUCAAAGGAAACGGCACUGGAAGCCUUCAGAGGAUAUGCAAUUUGUGGUGGUGGAUCCCAGCCAUCCACAUUAUUAUAUGAACAAUGUUCUGGGAAAUCCUUUUCCCAUGGAUUUCUCCCACACAAUGAUCUGA